AACAGUUUUUUAAAUGUUUAGUAGAUUGCAGAUGUUUAAAUAUUCGAAGUUUGAAAACAAGGGGUAAAAUAGGUUUAAAAAUUAGUUAAGUGAGAAAUUUUCAAAAAAUUGGAGUAAAAUCAAUAGUACGUCAAUUUUUUGGACCUAUAUAUUAAUGCCCCUUUUAACUAAUACAUUAUCAUGUGCAUUUCAUUAUUAGAAAAAAAAAAUAAUAAUAAUAAAAAUAUAAAAAAACAUAACAAUACUGUAUGCAUCCGAAUCGAUCGGUUUUCAUCUGUUAUAUAUAUGUAUAUAUAUAAUUAAGGGACGUAAUCAGAGUUGACAAAGUUUUCCCUACGUCGGAUCCUGCCACAUGGGUACACGCACCACCUAUCUUGUACAAAUUCCAAUGGAUCGUUGACUUAAAUUUAAGUUGAGUUUGGUUCUCGGAAUAAUCUUGAAGCAGAUAUGAAUCCUAUGACAUAAUCAUAUACAAGUUUAUCAUACAUAAUUGCUUGUUUUCAUGAAUUUUCAGAUGGAACCACAAAAUACUAAACAAGUUCAGAUUGUUGAUAUCCCUGGCCAUGUUCCUGAUGAUGGGAUUGGAUCAAGCUCUCUGGAUUCCAUGGAACGUGCCACGGUUCUCACCGUAGAUUGCACUGCAGAACAAGAAAUUCCCAAGAUCGCUAACAAUUCUGACGAUGUUCCUCCUGACGAACAUGCCACGUUUCGCUCCAUAGAACUAAAAUUUUCCGGGACUCUACUGUUACUGGCAGCGGUAUUUGGUGUUGUCAUAAUAUUUAUGGAUGUAUGCCUCGGCAUUUUUGCCAAAAGUUCAACAAUACUAACUGUUGCAGCACAUUUGUAUGCUGAUGUUGCCACAUUGGCCAUCUCGGUGUGGGCAGUUUCCAGCUGGGAAGCCCCACCCAGUGAAUCGCCUUAUUACCGGCGGUUUUUAAGGAUUGAAAUUCUCGGAGCCCUACUUUCCAUCCAACUCAUAUGGCUGUUCUCUGGGAUAUUGGUGUAUGAAAGCAUAGUGAAAACCAUCGACAACACAGCUGAGGUGAAUGCCGUCAUAAUGUUUCCUGGUGGCCUAGUUUGUCUUGGGGGAAGUGUGAUCAUGGCCUUACUUCUGGACCACAUAACUGUUGAAGGACAAGAUGGUGAUUUUCGUCACAGCGACGAAAUGACAAUUUCUAGUACUCGUAAUGAUCGUAAACGAUCACUUGAUCAUGAUGCUGCUGAUCAGAGUCGACCACUGUUGGAUAAGCUUGCAAAAGACAGAUAUGAAAAGAUAAGGCAGAGGUGCAUAAAAGUACUCCGUGCACUUAAGGACUCCGUUCAUGCUAUUGCAGUACUGAUUUGCGCGGCGUUCAUUUUGUACGAGCCUGAGUGGAAGGUUUUUGAUUUGAUUUGCACCCUAAUUUUCUCUGUGACUCUUCUGUGGAAGACUGUCAAGAUGCUGCGUAAUGUACUUGAUGUCGUGAUGGGAAGGACGCCUAGAGCGAUUCAUGUGAAGAGGACUUGAAAAGAAACUGUUGGAGAUGGAGGAUACGAUGGAUGGAAAUUAAUGAAAUGCAUAUUUGGGCUGUCACAAUGGGAUAGCCGUUCUGGUUUGCAAUGUGAUGGAUUAUAUCAGAGAGCUGGAUAUAGCUUCAGCAGUGUCAAUCUGCAAAUUGAUUGUUAGUAGGUUUAAAGGACAAAGAUGAUUGAUUAUAGAAGCCUCCCUCGGUGUGCAUUGCCAAGAUGUUUUUCGAGAUUUCUCUCUUCGUCCCCAACUUUGAUUUCUGUGUUUCCCCUUUCCGUUUUUCGUUUGUUGGUCUCUCUUUACUUGUACAUUGGACAGUUCUUUGGUGGACAGACUGUUCAUUAUCUAUUAAAAGAUGGAUUGUCGAUAUUGUGUCGAACAAAUGUCGUAACAUUAAUAGAUAACAUGUCAAUAACUAAAUAUAUCGUUGUGUUAUUGGUACAAUAAUUGACAUUAUUAAUAUAAAGAUUCACUUUCUAUA